AUGCGGCGGCUGUGGCCACGCGUCCGAUGUUCGGGAAGUUGCGGGGGCUGCGUGCGGGGGGCUGGGUCGGUGUCCGUGGGCGGUGUUCUGGUGCCGCUGCGGCAUCGCCUGGAGGAGGAGCCCAGCCGCGUGCCUCGCGGCUACUUGCAACGACUGCCGCGGGCCUUACGGCCAGCGCUCAAGUGGCUGGCGCAGAAGGACGCUUUGGGCCAGGAUGCCUUGCUUCUUUCAUCUCCAGCAGAACGUGCUCGGGCACGUAUGCUGGCUUUGGCUUAUGCUGAGUUGGUGAAUUCAUCCUUCGAAUAUGUGGGAAUAUCUGCAGACACUACAGAGGCUGACUUGAAACAGCGACGGGAGAUAGCUGCCAACAGCAGCGUGGCCUUUUCGGACUCACCUCCAGUACGCGCUGCCCUGCAAGGCGCCUGUCUUGUCCUGGAUGGCUUGGAGAGGGCUGAGCGGAAUGUCCUUCCGACACUCAACAACUUGCUAGAGAACCGGGAGAUGUCUUUGGAGGAUGGCCGUUUUCUGGUUGACUCCCAGCGCUACGAUGCCUUACAGCCUGCGCUAGACACAAGGAGCGCUUUGACGCCGGUGCACCGCCACUUCCGCGUGCUGGCGCUGGCCUCCCCGUGCCCGCCCUUCGAGGGCCGGGCCCUGGACCCGCCGCUGCGCUCGCGGUUCCAGGCGCUCUUGGUGCCACCAGCGCCAGCAGAGGAGUUGGCAUUUGCACUGCAGGGCCUAGAGGAGGCUGUGGCGCGACCUUUGCUGGGAGCCGCCGAGACCAUUUUGGAGCUGGAGAGGCAGUCCAUCCGGCAGAAUGUGCAAUUCUUCUCGUUUUCUAGCACCGCACUCGCAAGACGCUGCUCGCGACCGGGGGGUGACGUCAACCAAAUCUUGAGAAGUGUUUAUCCUCCGCUCUACGGAUCUGACCACCCGGAUGUACCAGAAGCACCGCCAUCCGUUGAGCAGGCGCUACGGAAGUUGCGCAUCUCUGGGGAAGGACCGGGUGGACUGGAAGAUGGAACUGGAGAGCUGAUUGGUUCCCAUUACCGAACUGCUGAGAUCGACGCCAUUACGCGCGCAGUGGAGGCAGACCUGACCCACGGCAACGUCCUGUUGCUGGGAUCGCGGGGCAGCGGCAAAAGCGCCAUUGCUCGCGCACUGGGCCACGGCCACUGGCCGACCUUUGCGCUGCACCGGGACUUGACCGGGCGCGACUUGCUUCAGCGCCGGGUCACAGAUCAAGAAACCGGCGCCUCGUCGUGGGCGGACCAGCCGGUGGCCUCCGCCGCGCGGGAGGGGCAGGUGGCGGUGCUGGACGGAGCGCAUCGCCUGCCGCAGGGCGCUCUGGUGGCCGCCCUUGGACGGCUGGUGGAGAGGGAGUUGGACCUGCCGGAUGGCACGCGCUUGCUGGAGACUGUGGGAAAGGAGGGCGAGGGCGUCGCGCGCCUGUCACCAAACUUUCGGCUCUUGGCCUUGGCGGAGCCUGGGGACUGGCUGUCACCUGAGCUCGCCUCGCUCUUCACCACACACGUACUUCCCGACAUGACACCGCUGGAAAUGAGCUUCGCGUUGCCGACGCUGGUGCCGGCGGCCAGCCCAGAGCUUUGCCAGCAAAUCUCCUCCGUUGCCACUGCUGCGCUCCUUACCCAGAACGACAAGUCCUUUUCCCCUGGCGAACGAGCAGCUCUAAGGCUGUCGCUGCGCGUGCUCCUUCGCCUUACACGUCAAGCAGCGUCUGCCGCAGCUGACACAGAAAGGCUUCGCGUUCUCCUGCAUGAGGCCUUGAUGUCCAGAUACUUACCCCUGCGCCUGCAAGAAACCGUCGAUGGCUGGCUGGAGAUAGCUCUCGGCAGGCGAAGGCGGACGAAAGACAGGGUGGAGCUCUCUGCACCGAGUGUCGCAGUAGAUGGGGGCACCGUGGUGAGCGGCGCCUUGAGGAUCACCGUACGGAGGCCCUCGAGACCCGAGCUGGUCCCUUCUCCGCGGCACUUCUUCGCUUCUCCGGCAGCGGUGAAGGCGCUGCACGCGAUUCUGCUGUGCGAGCAUGCUGGCGAACACGCUGUUCUCCUCCUAGGCAAUCAAGGAGUUGGCAAGAACGUCGCUGUGGACCGCGUGCUUGAGCUGCUCAGGGCUGAGAGGGAGUAUGUGCAGCUCCACCGGGAUACUACAGUUAGUUCCCUGACGGUUCGGCCAGUGCUGGAGAACGGGCGGUUGAAUUACGAGGAUGCCCCGCUUGUUCGGGCCGCCAAGUACGGCAGGGUAUGCGUCCUGGAUGAGGCUGACAAAGCACCCACAGAGGUUGUGGUCAUUCUCAAAGCGCUGGUGGAGGAUGGUGAGCUGCUGCUGGGAGAUGGCCGGCGCUUAUGCCGCAGCGCCAAAACCCCCAGCGACAUCCUGAUCCAUCCAGACUUCCGGCUGUGGGUCCUGGCCAAUCGGCCUGGCUUCCCAUUCCAUGGCAACGCCUUCUUUCGCGAAUGCGGAGAUGCGUUUGCGGCGAUUGCCUUGGACAAUCCAGAUGUGGCGUCUGAGACGGCUCUCCUGCACCAUGUGGCGCCCACCUACCCAAAGCGCAACGCUCUUGACAAGCUUGCACUGGCCUUUGGUGAGCUCAGGACGCUGGCGGAAAACGCGGUCAUCUCCUACCCCUACUCCAUGCGCGAGGCCGUGGCAGUUGCCCGGCACCUGGAGAAGUACCAGCAGGACACUGUUGUGGACGCGCUCAGCAACGUGCUGGCCUUCGAGGCCUAUGAUGCACCGCUGAGAAGGCAGCUCACGGACGUCUUCGAGGAGCACUUCCGGGGCAUCCAGCGGGACUUGGAGGCCACCUUCGGCACGGUCUCAGGUGAGUCUGGCAGUCGAUCAUUGAAGUCCUCCGACGUGGAAAUUCGAUAUUUUCCUCAAGGUGCAGGCGGCGCGAGCACACCUCGAACCGGGCUGGAUGGUCCCAAGCACGGAGAGGUGGAUCCAACGGGUGCUCCCCACGUGGGAGGCAAUCGGUGGGCAGGAGGCAGUGGCGGCUCUGACACAGCAGGUCUGGGUGGCCGUGGUGGUCCUUAUCGGCUGUGGGAUGGCAACCCGGUGCACCAAGUGAGCGAGGAGGCCAAGGCGGAGGUCACCGAGGAAGCGAAGGCACAAGCGAGGGCCAUGGCUCUGCAGGCGUGGGAGCAACGCUUGGCGGAGAUUGAAAAGAUGGAUGCGAGCAUGUGGAAGAUGUACAAGGAGGUCCUGGCCAGCGUGGAGCCUCAAGUGGCGCAGUUCAAGGCCAUCCUCCGCCAAGCCCGGGAGAAGAAGAUGGAGCGCAUUUGGUUGAGGAACCGGUCCGACGGAGAGCUGGAUGACACGCGCUUGGUUGAAGGUGUUCCAGGUGAGAGGCUCGUCUUCAAGAAGCGAGGCCAGACAGAGUCCAAGAAGUCUGAUGACCUGCAGAGGACCAAGCGGAAAAUUUGCUUCGUCAUGGACUGCUCCGGCUCCAUGUACCGAUUCAAUAGCCUUGAUGGCCGGCUGAACCGCAUGUUGGAGGCAACCUGCUUGAUCUUUGAGAGCAUGGAAGGUCUAUCAGAUCGAUAUGAAUAUGCAGUGCUGGGCCAUUCGGGGGAGAGUGCGAAGAUUCCCUUCGUGGACUUUGGCAAGCCUCCCGCCAAUCGUGGGGAGAGGCUGAAAAUUCUGCAGAAGAUGCUUGCUCACACUCAGUUCUGCUGGCCCGGGGACAACACGAUUGAGGCGACGAAUUCAGCUAUUGACCAUGUCCUCGAUGCCAUGCCUCUCAGCACAGCGGAGUCAGAACCCAGCCGUGCCUUCGUGGUGGUGGUGUCGGAUGCAAACUUCAGGCGUUAUCGAAUGGACCCCCUGUGGUGGAGCGAAGCGUUGAAGAGAGAUCCACGUGUCGACGGCCAUGCAGUGAUGAUCGGCUCCAUCGGUGAGGAGGCGUCCCGCAUCCGAGCGGCGCUUCCUGCAGGGCACGGGCACGUGGUGAUGGAUACCACGCUGCUGCCCAGUACCUUCAGGUGCAUCUUUGAGCAAGCUGGGAUCGUUUGCGACGACGAUCCCGAGCUGUAUGAGCAGCUGUCCAAGCAGCGGCGCUUGGUGAAGCGUGCAGACACAGGCCAAGCCAAGAAGGGCGAGGCGGCCCUGUCGCAGGUCUCCGAGCGUAUCCAGUCCACGACAAACGAAGAGGAGGAUGAAACGGUGAGGGAGCAGAAGGAGAAAGAACUGCUCGGCUUCAAGAAAGAGACAGACCAAAACGUAGCGCUGACUGCGACAACAGAGUUCUGCAACGUGGUGCAGACGCCGAUCGAGAAGAUUGAGACUCUCAAGCACGAAAGCUUCCGAGGAUCAACCCUGUACAAGCAGCAGGCGACGCAGCGCAAGGGUAUCGCGGCAGGCGAGCGCAAGGCCCGCAAAGCGGGCCUGGAGGAAGUGUCGGCAGUGAAGGACAUAGAAGAAGAGCUGGAGCAGACUCUGAUCGAGGAGUCCCUUGACCUUAGCUGUGCAAGUGGACUCGAAUACCUGCGAGCAAGAUCACAGAUCGGUUGCGAUCAGGACUCGCACAGAAUCCGCAAGCUCGACAACCGGCCGUUGGAGAUGUCCACCGUGGACGGUGAUAUCAAGCUGGAGUACCGAGACGACUUCGGACGGGUGCAGACGCCGAAGGAGGCAUUCCGCUCCAUCUCCUGGAAGUUCCACGGUAAGGCAGGAGCCGAGAUGCCCGGGGCUCCAUUUGUUCACUGCAAUAAGCCAACCUUGAGAGAAACACAUUUGAGCAUGCCUACUUAA